AUGGCAAGCGGUGUCAAAUUUCAUCAAUGCUUCCUUCUCUCAUAUUAUCUUAUAGGCCUUUUGGUUACUGCUCAUAAUGUCCCCCAAGCACAAUUAAUACCAUACUACGGUCAACAUCUCAUGAAGGUCUCAAUUGGCACUCCACCAGUAGGCAUUAUCGAUAUAGCUAGUGACCUUGUGUGGACACAAUGUGUACCUUGUGAUGUCUGCUUUAAUCAGAUUCAUCCCAAUUGCAAUUACGUCAGUGGAUAUGCAAGUGGUUUAUCCAAAGGUGUUUUGGCCAAAGAAAAAGUCACCAUCACUUCUACCUCUGGGCAAGCAGUUUCCUUUGAUAUUGCUUUUGCAUGUGCACACAACAAUACCAUCAAUUACAAUGACCACACAACGAGACUCAUUGCGUUAGGAUUAGGGCCUUUGUCCUUUCCUUCACAAAUUGGUAGCAAGAGGUUUUGUUAUUGCUUGUUGCCGUAUGGUACUGAAUAUACUGAUCCUAGUAUUACAGGCAAGAUAAGUUUUGGCAAUGGCAGUGAAGUUGUGGGUGAUGGUAUGGUUUCAACACCAUUUGUAGCUAUGGGAGAUCAAUAUUACGUGACACUCGAAGGAAUUAGUGUUGGAGACACAUAUGUGCCCCUUAACUCUUCAGGUAAGGUUUCUAAGGGCAACGUUUGUAUCGAUUCAGGAUCACCACCAUUGACUUUGCCACCGGAUUUUUAUAAUUGCUUAGAGGUGGAAGUGAAGAAGCAGAUUUCAAUUGAUCCCAUUAAAAAUGAAACUCUAACAGGGACACGGCUUUGCUAUAGAACCAAAAUUACUAAUGACAUUGGACCAAAAUUGACUGUCCAUUUUGAAGGUGCAGAUGUGGAGUUAAAGCCUAUACUAACUUUCAAUCAACCGGUUCAUGCAUAUGAUAUUUUGCAAUGA